AUGACAACAAACAAUAAUCGAAACAACAGAACGCGGAUGGAUGGGAGUGAGGCGGAGAGGGACACCUGUCCCAAUCCGUUUGGUAGAAGCGGGCUAAGGCGCUCGCCGGUUAGGCAACCCGCCGAGCCGGUGAGGACGCCUGUCGAGAGCGGCGAGGGCGGAGACCCCUUCGCCGAGGUUCAGAAUGCCGAUACAACCCGCCCGAAGAAGGUCAGCGUCUGCGUGCAGACAGAUGGCAGUUUAGAGGCGACCGGAAACGGCAAGAGAAAAAGGGGGUCACCAGGCGAGACGAGGCCAGGUGCCCCAAAAAAGCGGGCCCGGGAUCCUACGGUCCGGCAGGAUCCGGGCGGAGAGGAAAUAGAGGGUGGAGGAAAUGCGAAUGGCCAGGUUCCUGAUGCGUCAACUGGGUGGCAGACGGUUGAGCGCAAGAGGAAAAGGACCACUAAGGCCAAACCCAAACCCAAGCCCAAGCCCAAACGGGUCAGGGACAAGGGGGAGGCUUUGGUGGUAAAGGCCCCCGAAGGCACCUACGCUGACGUCCUCCGGCAAAUGAGGACGAGCGAUAGGCUGGUGGGCCUCGGAGGGGAUGUGAGGAGAAUCCGCCGAACUCAUUCCGGCGAGAUGAUCCUCGAGCUCCGACGCGGCUCCCAGAUCAAGAGUUCGGAAUACAGCGCCCUCACGCAAGAGAUUGUGGGGGGAGCUGCAGAAAUCCGUGCCCUCAGCACCACGGUUACCGUCAGGGUGAAAAACCUUGACGAGAUAGCCACGGAUGUUGAGGUGCAAAACGCGCUGAGGGAUCUGUGUAAGAUCGGGACUGACCAGAUUUCGGUCAGGAUGCGUGAUGGCCCUCCCAGAUCUGGGACACAGGUGGCCUUUGUGAAGCUUCCGGUUGCGGCAGCAAACGCCGCACUCAAGUGUGGGCGGCUAAAGGUGGGUUGGUCUAUCUGCCAGAUAGCCAUCCCCCAGCAACCGGAAAGGUGCUUCAGGUGCGUCGAAUAUGGGCACAAGUCUUUUGCGUGCAAGGGCGCUGAUAGGAGCGGGUUAUGUUGGCGGUGCGGCGAAGCUGGUCAUCAGGCGGCUGGCUGCACCAAAGACGCGAAGUGUCUCCACUGCGGCGUCGGCUGUACCUUCGCAUGGAUAGAAGCGGUUCAGCUCAACCUCAACCACUGCCACUCAGCACACCAGCUGUUGUGGCAGUUGGCGUCUGAGGAAAAGUUGGACCUGGCGUUAGUAGCAGACCCGUGUCGCCGGACCACGGAUGGCAGCAAUUGGGUAACCGAUAGAGCCAAACUGGCAGCGAUAUGGGUUACAGGAAGAUACCCCAUACAAGAGGUGGUUUCCGCUGGUGAGGAAGGCUUUGUUAUAGCCAAGGUCAACGGGAUCUUCGUCUGUAGCUGCUACGCCCCCCCGCGGUGGUCUCUGGAGAGAUUCGGCGUCAUGAUGGACAAAAUCGUCGAAGGUCUCACGGGUCGGAGCCCCGUUGUCAUAGGCGGGGACUUCAAUGCGUGGGCCGUAGAAUGGGGUAGUCGCCUUACAAACCCCAGGGGACAACUUCUACUGGAAGCCCUGGCAAGGCUAGACGUUGACCUGGGGAAUGUAGGCAACACGAGGACCUACCACAGGAAUGGGAGCGAGUCCAUCAUCGACGUCACCUUCAGCAGUCCGGGCUGGACGAGCGACUGGAGGGUAAGCGACGUGUUCACCGAUAGCGAUCACUUCGCGAUCCGCUAUCGUGUGGGCACAAGUUCGCGGGCAGAUAGAAGAGGUACGACAACAGGAGCACGUCUCUGGAAGACAACACAAUUCGACCAGAACGUCUUUGUCGAAGUGUUAAACUGGGAGCGGACCUUGGAAAACCUGUCCGCGGAAGACCUAGCGAGGGUACUCGCACGCGCAUGCGACGCUGCGAUGACACGGAGGGCGAAGCGGAAGGACACUCGACAACCCGUCUACUGGUGGACGGCGGAAAUCGCAGACCUGCGUACUAGCUGCCUAUGGGCUAGGCGACAUAUGCAGAGAGCGAGGUCCCCGUCAGCGAGAGCGGAGCGGAGAGUACCCUACGCAAUUGCGAGGUCUGCCCUCUGCAGGGCAAUUAAGGCGAGUAAAAAGGCACGAUUCAGGCAACUCUGCGAGGACGCCAACGACAACCCCUGGGGCGACGCUUCCAGGAUCGUCAUGGCCAAAACGCGGAGCGGAGGUGCGCCACAGGAGUCGUGCCCGAUAAAACUGCGUGAGAUCGUUAACGAGCUGUUCCCACAGCACGAGGCAGUGACAUGGCCGAGGGUUCCAUUCGACUGGGAUACGAGCGUAGAGGAGCAGAUUUCACUGGAGGAACUGCGCGACAUCGCUAAGUCUCUUCAGCUGAACAAAGCUCCGGGUCCGGAUGGCAUCCCUAAUGUGGCAGUGAAGGCUGCGCUCAUGGAACAUCCCGAAAUGUUCCGGUCUUCACUGCAACAGUAUGUGGAUGAUAGGGUCUUCCCAGAUGUGUGGAAGCGGCAGCGAUUGGUGCUCCUGCCAAAACCGGGCAAGCCACCUGGUGAACCAUCAGCGUAUCGACCGAUAUGUCUCCUGGACACUGCUGGCAAGGUUCUGGAAAAGGUGUUACAGAGUAGGAUCCAGCUCUACACCGAGGGUGCGAACGGCCUAUCCGACAAACAGUUCGGUUUCCGGAAAGGCCGUUGCACGGUGGAUGCCGUUCGACUGGUCAUCGAGAGGGCAGAUGAAGCCAGGUUGAAAAAACGGAGAGGAGAUCGGUUUUGCGCAGUGGUCACUCUCGACGUCAAGAACGCGUUUAACAGCCAGCAAGCAUUUGCGACACAAAUGCUAAAUCAGCAGCAGGAGUUUAUGCAACAGCAGCAGGAGAUGUUCCUCCGUACGAUGUCAUCAUUGAGCGUGCGGGUACCAUCUAACCCUGAAGUGAUUUUGGACUCACUUUCGCAUCACAUCAAGGAGUUCCGGUACGAUCCGGAAAACAACAUAACGUUUGCGGCUUGGUACGCGCGAUACAAGGACCCGGCUCGACAGCGAUGCAAAAGUCCGUUUGCUCCUCCGGAAGAUGGGUUCAGCCGAACAUGA